GUGUCUGCUUUAUAUUUGGGCGAUAGUACAAGGAAGUGAUUCAGUUUGCUCCUUCAAUCUUUCGUGGUUCACAACGGUUUUUGAUCUGCACUUUCAAUUCGGGCGUCUUUUAUGAAUAAUCAAAAGCAGCAGAAGCCAACGCUUACCGGCCAGCGUUUUAAAACUAGGAAAAGAGAUGAAAAGGAGAGAUUUGACCCUACCCAGUUUCAGGAAAGCAUUGUACAAGGCCUAAAUCAAUCUGGCACUGAUUUGGAAGCUGUUGCAAAAUUCCUUGAUGCCUCUGGUGCCAAGCUCGACUACCGUCGUUAUGCCGAGACACUCUUUGACAUCCUGGUGGCUGGCGGAAUGCUGGCCCCAGGAGGAACCUUGUCCGAUGACAUGACUCGCACGGAAUUCUGUGUCUUUACUGCACAAGAAGACCUGGAGACCAUGCAAGCCUAUGCCCAGGUUUUUAACAAGCUGAUCCGGCGUUACAAGUACCUGGAGAAAGGGUUCGAAGAGGAGAUGAAGAAGUUGUUGCUGUUUUUAAAGGGGUUCACAGAGUCUGAGCGCAACAAGCUUGCAAUGCUGACUGGCAUUCUCUUGGCCAAUGGGAACAUAUCAGCUUUGAUUUUAAGCAGCCUCUUCAAUGAGAACCUGGUCAAAGAGGGUGUGUCUGCGGCCUUUGCGGUGAAACUGUUUAAAGCAUGGAUUAAUGAGAGGGACAUCAACGUUGUGGCUGGCAGUCUGAGGAAGGUUGGCAUGGACAAUCGGCUGAUGGAGUUGUUCCCAGCCAACAAGCGGAGCUGUGAGCACUUUUCAAAGUAUUUCAACGAUGCCGGGCUGACUGAGCUGUCUGACUUCGCUCGCAACCAGCAGAGCAUUGGGGCCCGCAAGGAAAUGCAGAAGGAGCUACAGGAGCAGAUGUCUCGUGGCGAGCCAAUCAGAGAGAUCAUUGCUUAUAUUCGGGAGGAGAUAAAGAAGACCAGCAUAACUGAGCAGAGCAUGAUCAGCAUCAUCUGGACCUGUGUGAUGAGCUGUGUGGAGUGGAACAAGAAGGAGGAGCUGGUCACUGAACAAGCCAUCAAACACUUGAAGCAAUACAGUCCACUGCUGAAAUCCUUCACCUCCCAAGGCCUAUCUGAGCUGACUCUUCUGCAUAAGAUUCAGGAGUACUGCUAUGACAAUAUCCAUUUCAUGAAGGCCUUCCAGAAGAUUGUGGUGCUGCUUUACAAAGCGGAUGUGUUGAGUGAGGAGGCCAUUCUGAAAUGGUACAGCGAGGCUCAUGUUGCCAAAGGGAAGAGCGUUUUCCUCGAGCAGAUGAAGAAAUUUGUGGAGUGGCUGAAAAAUGCAGAGGAAGAAACCGAGUCUGAGGAGGAGGAAGCAGACUGAACUACAAGCCUUGAAAUAUUUUAAAAUAAAGUAGCAUCAGAAGCUGUAGAAUGUUUUGUUGCAUAAGUGCGUGUAUUUCUAGUUUUCCUUAGUUUUUUUUUUUUUAUAUCUACCUCCUGUAUUCUCAAAACUGUAAUGUCCUAGAUGUAAAUUAAGGGCUUUGUAACAUUGGGUCAUGUUUUCUUUUUUUCUUUUUCUUUCUCUUUAACUAAUAAACGUUUAUACUUCAUAUAGUGGACAUCACUAACACAGCUUACUAUCUUUUUAAAUAUGGUGACAAAUUGACACUUUUUAAAAACACGGACCUCUAUUUAUUUUAUUGGAACCCUUCUCUACAUUCUAUUAGUUUUGGAGAAAUAGAAGUUAAAUUGUUAAACACCUUGCCAUACUUUAUUUGGAAGACCAAUAAUUUUUUUAUCACCCAUUGGUGCAUUUAUUAUGGUUGUUGCUGUUCUUGUGGCCAAAUUAUGCCCAGGUUUGUUUCCUGGUUUUUAUUACUGAUCUUUGUAAUUGACCACAGUGGAAAUGCCUUUGACAGUCACAUGAUGUUCAUCAAUGUGCCAGCCUCAAGAUUCAGAAAUCCCCCCCCCACCCUUGAUAUCAAUUAACUUUUUAAAAAUAAAGAACAUGAAAUACAUUGUG